AUGGCGGACGCAUUUUGGACCACGGGGCCAACUUUCUACAAGGGUACGCACAAGAGCAAGAUAGAUCACAUCGCAGUGCCUAUUGAGAGCCUCGGGCGGAUUCGGCAACUACACCCGCUGCUGGGACUAGCGCGGCGACUACAAAGACACGUCAGCACACACCUGCGUGACCACGUACCAGUAUUCGUGAACAUGGACAUCCACGUCACGCGUGCCCACAUCCCCAAGCUGACGCCGCAAGCCAACACGGACUGCUUAAUGGGAGCAUGCAGCGACGGCAUACCACGGGCAGAGGGUUGGGCAGAGGGUCUGCGGUGGUACAUUGCAGGACUUGAUGCGGGUUUGCUGGGCAAGGUGCCAGGCAUACUGGACGAACUGGCGCCAGGCAAGGUCACGGGCACGGCUUGGGGUUACGCGGCAGCGUGGCAGGCCAUGGCCGCGGUUCGGAAGGGUGGCCAGGCACCAGCGGGGAGGCUUCGCGCGGGCGCGCGAGGACCUGGCGCGAUGAUCUUCCCAGACAUGGAGGGGGCGUCACUGGACCAGUUGGGCUUCAUGACCGUCGUCUACGGCUACAUCUUGAUGCAGGGCGCCAGCCUCAUCGGAAGUGGCAGCGAGCUGCUGCUGCUGGUCCCACGGCUUGCCCCCCUGGUCGGCAGCGUGGUGCUGCCAGUCCUCGGGGCCGUGCCGGACGGCAUGAUGGUGCUGAUGUCGGGCAGCGGCCCCGACGCGCAGAACGAGGUGGCCGUGGGCGUGGGCGCCCUCGCGGGCAGCACCAUCAUGCUGCUCACGCUGCCGUGGUUCCUGGCGGUGUACGCGGGCCGCGCCAGUUAA